CAAAAGAUUUCAUCAAGGUUGUCGGUUGCUAUUGCAAAACAUUAAUAGUUUAAAUAAACCUUCACUAACUUUCCUAUCUUAAUAUUCUAGGGAAACUGUAAUCCUGACCAAUGAAAAAGCAAGAAGGUCAAGAAACCAUUCAAGCGAUCAAAUAAAAUAUUUUUAUGAAUCGUCAAAAGGGUAAGAAGCGAGUGCGUGUUGACCAUAAUAUCAAUAUUAUUUUUUUGUGACCGAAGAAAAUUGGAAUCGUGGUUUCUGUUACUUGAUACCCUCUUGAUACCCCCUAAUCGAAUUAUUUCAUAUUGGAAACCCCACCAUACAUAAAAGAAGUUUAUAUUUUGCCCCUAUUCUUGUGAUUAUCGUAGCGCAUUAGCGUCAUUUUUCUUUUGAAACUGAUCUGAUUGUCACAUAAAUCACGAAUUAUCUGCUACCUUGGAGGUAGAAGACUAAUAGGUUAUAUUGGCAAAGUAAGAACUAUUCUGUUAGUUCAGUUCGUUCUGAUCAAAUAAUGGAGGUUCCAACUGAUUCUCCAAUCGUUCACGAUGGAAUUCUUCUUGAAAAAGAACAGUUGAUGAACAAAGAUAAAGAUGAUAGAUUGACAAAUUGGCGUCUUAUCAUAACUGCUGCAGUUGUUUCUUGUUUGAAUGCUGUCGAAAAUUCAGUUCUAGGAAUUGGAGAAUGGCCUUACAUGAGAGAAAUUGACCCAAAUGCAACUGCUCAAUUUUUCGGGCUUGCAACAUCAGCUUCCAAAUGCGGACAUGCCGUUUUUGCGCUGAUUUUUUCCAUUUGGAGCUAUAAAACGAGCUCUGUGAAAAUUCCACUUAUUGCAAGUAGAUUAAUCGCAAUUGCUGCAUGUAUGAUCUACUUAACCAUUGAAUAUGUGAAAACUGAUAAAAGAUAUGUACUGAUGGCAGUGUAUACUUUACUGGGUAUUGCAAAUAGUGGGGGAACGGUUCUUCGUGGAUAUGUUACAUUGUGCUCUUCAAACGAAGAUCGUCCACGAGCUUUUGCUGCACUUGGAUUGUCAUUUAUUUUUUCGAUUAUUGUUGGACCAACGAUUCAAUUAAUCUUCAGCGCGAUCCCAUACCCGGGGUAUGAGAUAAUUCCAGGAAUUUGGUUCCAUUUAUAUUCGGCACCAAUUUGGAUUUCGUUUAUUCUCACUAUUCUGACAGUCUUCGUUAUUUUAAUUUUGAUAGAAGAUAUUUCUAGAGAAAAGAAAACUAAGUUGAGGCCAAGUGAAUCACAGUCGAGCUUUUCAAUGGAACGUUGGAGAUCUUUAUAUGAAAAAUUGAAGAAAAGCAAUUUGGACUGGAAACUUAUUGUAGUAUGCUUCUUUGUGAGAAUGGCUGUUUCCUUUUCUCAUAGUACACUGUCAACGAUAGGAUCCAUUCUUUACAUGGUUAUGUUUGGGUGGGAUGGUGCAACUACAGUUCGAGUGGGAUCAAUCACAAUGGUCAUUUUUGGAGUGAUGUCAUCUACCAUACUACUUCUCUAUAUUUUCUGUCAUUUCGGAAAAAUUCUCCCACAGCACAAAGUCUUCUUAUUCUUCACAAUUGCAUUUGGCGCAGUCUAUAUAAUCACGUAUCCAUUUGAGUUUACAAGUAAUCCAGUUGCCAAAUACAAUGAAACCACUCGCGCUGGGUGCAACCCUGAGGAGUACUCAUGGUGUUCGACUGCUUUGGCGGUCAAUCCAAUGCUAUAUCUUUCCGUAACUAUAUUGGUUGCCGGAAUGUCCAUUCCGAUAAUGAGCACUGCUUUGGAUACAGUUUACUCAAGAAUUCUGGGAAAUAUUGACCAAUCUGUUGCUCAUGGUGCAAUGGCAGUAAUCGAUGACAUCUUGUACAUGAUCACACCAAUUUUUACAACAACAAUGUUUACAUUAUACGGAAUUGGCCCAUUAUGGAUUGUCAAAUCGAUGGCUUUUGGUAUAAUUGCGCUAACGUGGGCAGCGAAUUUGAAGAAGAUUGGAGAACAUUUGUAUUAAAAUAUAUAACUGUAUAUGUUGAUAAAAUUAAUCUUAAUUAGGAAAAUAACUCUUGGAGACUGUGCGGGGAUGUUUUCUUCUUUGUUCAAGAUUUUUAAAAAUUUUGAUUUGAUAUUCAUUUUAGCUGCACUGUUCUAACCGUAUAAGUUAAUGAUUCAUUCAUUAUAGUGUAAUAUUGCAACUCAUAGUGCUUUUAUGAAAACAAAGGUCUUUGGGGAAAUUCAUUGAUCACGUGAUACUUAUUGAGUUUUCUCCUCAAUAUUUCAUUUUAGUAUUCGAUCUCGCUAAUUGAGUGAGCGUGAUUGAAACACGACAUGACGGAAUUUAUUCAUUUCCAAUUUCAAUAUGUAUUGAUCAUUUCGUGAAAAUCUUAACUUCUACUGAAAUUUAGUUGAACUUAAAUUUAUAAUAAAAAUGCUUCCCGUAGAACUUAUACCACUCGGAAUAAUUUUAUUUUUUGUUGCAAUAAUCGGAAUAAUCGGAAA